CCAAUCCUUAUCUUCUCAGUUUCCUGAGAGGCCAGACCAUGUCCACACCAACUUCCAUGGGCAUGGCCUCUCUCUCCGACCUCGGUGCCGGUGCUGCGCUCUUCUCUUUCUGCGAGCUGCACCACCACCACCACUGCCGCCCUCAUCAUCAUGUCUUUAACUUCUUCAAGCCCCGCCAACAGCAAUGGCGGAUCAGCGCUUCCUCUGCUGCUCCUGGAGUCGAUCUCGACGCCCUCGAGUCCGCCAUUGCUAAGAAAGACAGCGACGCGGUUAAGGACGCUCUCAAUCAGCUGAGUGAACUCGGUUGGGCCAAGAAGUGGAGUUCUCAGCCCUACGUCUCUCGCCGCACGACGUCUCUUCGCGAGCUGACAACUCUCGGCAUUAAAAACGCGGAGAAUCUCGCCAUCCCUAGCGUUAGAAAUGAUGCGGCUUUUCUUUUCACAGUGGUGGGGACAACUGGAUUCUUGGGUGUUCUUGCCGGCCAGCUUCCUGGGGAUUGGGGAUUUUUUGUGCCAUACUUGAUUGGAAGCAUCUCUUUGAUAGUUUUGGCUGUGGGGAGCACUUCGCCCGGUCUUCUACAAGCUGCUAUUAGCGGCUUUUCAUCGGUGUUUCCGGACUAUCAGGAGCGGAUUACGAGCCACGAAGCAGCGCACUUUUUAGUGGCCUAUCUUAUUGGCCUUCCGAUUUUGGCGUACUCAUUGGACAUAGGAAAAGAGCAUGUGAAUCUGAUCGAUGAAAGGCUGGAGAAGCUCAUAUACAGUGGUCAGCUCGAGCCGAAGGAACUUGACAGGUUGGCUGUUGUCGCAAUGGCUGGAUUAGCGGCUGAAGGUCUGAAGUACGACAAAGUGAUCGGCCAGUCUGCAGAUCUGUUCACUCUCCAGAGAUUUAUCAAUAGGAGCAAGCCACAGCUCAGCAAAGACCAGCAACAGAAUCUAACCAGAUGGGCAGUUUUGUUUGCUGGAUCUCUCUUGAAAAACAAUGCCGUCUUGCACGAAGCCCUUAUGGCGGCGAUGUCGAGGAAGGCCUCCGUAUUGGAGUGCAUCGAGGCGAUUGAGCAAGCCGCAUGAAGGCGCAUAUUUGGAGUUAUUUAAUAGAUGAUUCACUUUCUGCAACUGAGAUAAAUUUCCAGCACAGAGCUUCACAAGUGCUCUCUCAAUAGGACACAGAUCUCUGAUUCUAUGAAAAGAGACUUGUGGUUUCACA